UAUAGAUGAUGAUAAGAUAUUUAUGUUCCCAUAUUUGAAGGUCGUUGACAUGUCCUCUCUCCACCAACAACCGUUACUCCUCCCUUAUCCUUCUUCCCUCACUCCCAACAAACACCUUCCUCCACCCUCCGCCGCCACAGAAUCCCGUUCUCCUUCCUCAUGGAUCGACCACCUUCGCUCUCAAGCCCAAUCCCCCUCCUCCUUUCACCAAGCCAUCUCUACAUACGCCAACAUGGUCGCCGCUGGCGUACCCCCAGACAACUUCGCAUUUCCCGCCGUCCUAAAAGCCACCGCCGGCAUCCAAGACCUUAACCUCGGCAAACAAAUCCAUGCCCAUGUCUUCAAAUUCGGUCAAGCCCUCCCUUCAUCGGUAGCCACCGUCCCCAACUCCCUCGUCAACAUGUAUGGUAAGUGCGGUGAUAUCCACGCCGCACGCCGCGUGUUUGACGAAAUCCCCAAACGAGACGACGUCUCCUGGAACUCCAUGAUCGCUGCUGCGUGUCGGUUUGAGGAGUGGGAGCUAUCACUUCACCUCUUCCGGUUAAUGUUAUUGGAGAAUGUGAAACCAACUUCGUUUACGUUAGUCAGUGUAGCUCACGCGUGUUCCAAUCUGCGUAACGGGUUGUUACUUGGAAAGCAAGUUCACGCUUUUAUGUUGAGGAAUGGUGAUUGGAGAACUUUCACUAACAAUGCUUUGGUAGCAAUGUAUGCUAAGUUAGGUAGAAUUCAUGAGGCAAAGGCUUUGUUUGAUGUUUUUGAUGACAAAGAUUUGGUAUCUUGGAACACUAUUAUUAGUUCACUUUCUCAGAAUGAUAGAUUUGAGGAAGCAUUGUUGUAUUUACAUGCUAUGCUUCAAAGGGGAAUUAGGCCUGAUGGGGUUACUUUGGCAAGUGCUUUGCCUGCAUGUUCUCAUUUAGAGAUGUUGAGUUGGGGAAAGGAGAUACAUUCCUUUGUAUUGAAGAACAAUGAUUUGGUUGAGAAUUCUUUUGUUGGCAGUGCUUUGGUUGACAUGUAUUGUAAUUGCAAGCAAGCUGAAAAGGGUAGGUUGGUUUUUGAAGGGAUCGUUAGGAGGAAGGUUGCAGUUUGGAAUGCCAUGAUUUCUGGUUAUGCACGCAAUGAGUUUGAUUAUGAGGCUAUUGAACUUUUUGUUGAGAUGGUUUUUGAGUUGGGUUUGAGUCCGAAUUCCGUGACUUUAUCGAGUGUUUUGCCUGCUUGUGUAAGGUGCGAAGAAUUUUUGGACAAAGAAGGGAUCCAUGGUUGUGUAGUGAAAUGGGGUUUCGAGAAGGAUAAGUAUGUGCAAAAUGCACUAAUGGACAUGCAUUCAAGAAUUGGAAGGAUAGAGAUUUCAAGGAGUAUAUUUGGAAGCAUGAAUAGGAGAGAUAUAGUGUCAUGGAAUACAAUGAUUACUGGAUAUGUUGUUUGUGGGCGCCACGAGGAUGCACUUAAUCUUCUGCAUGACAUGCAGAGAGGUCAAGAAGAACAUAGGAGUAACACGUUUGAUGAUUAUGAAGAUAAUGAAAGUGUUCCCCUUAAGCCGAAUUCGGUGACUCUAAUGACUGUGCUUCCUGGCUGUGCUGCCUUAGCUGCACUUGGAAAAGGGAAAGAGAUUCAUGCGUAUGCUAUUAAACAAAAGCUGUCAAAGGAUGUUGCUGUUGGAAGUGCACUAGUUGACAUGUAUGCAAAAUGUGGUUGCUUGAACUUAUCUAGGAUAGUAUUUGAGCAAAUGUCUGUAAGAAAUGUUAUUACUUGGAAUGUUCUUAUCAUGGCUUAUGGGAUGCAUGGGAAAGGGGAACAAGCUUUGGAGCUUUUUAGAAGAAUGGUUGCAGAAGGAGACAAUAAUGGGGAAAUAGGGCCUAAUGAAGUGACCUAUAUUGCUAUUUUUGCUUCUCUUAGUCACUCUGGAAUGGUGGAUGAAGGCCUUAAUUUAUUCCAUACAAUGGAAGCUAAACAUGGGAUUCAACCCACAUCUGACCAUUAUGCCUGUCUUGUAGACUUGCUCGGCCGGUCAGGCCGGAUUGAAGAGGCAUAUAAGCUGAUAAUGACAAUGCCAUCCAAUAUGAACAAAGUAGAUGCGUGGAGUAGCUUGCUUGGUGGCUGCAAGAUCCACCAGAAUUUAGAAAUUGGCAAAAUUGCAGCAAAGCAACUAUUUGUGUUGGAGCCAAAUGUGGCUAGCCACUAUGUUCUAUUGUCUAACAUUUACUCUUCAGCUGGACUUUGGGACCAAGCAAUGGAUGUUAGGAAGAAAAUGAAAGAACUGGGAGUAAGAAAAGAACCUGGAUGCAGUUGGAUUGAGCAUGGUGAUGAGGUUCAUAAGUUUGUGGCAGGGGAUAUUUCACAUCCACAAAGUAAAGAGCUUCAUGAAUAUCUUGAAACCCUGUCACAAAGAAUGAAAAAGGAGGGAUAUGUACCAGAUACUUCUUGUGUACUUCACAAUGUUGAUGAGGAAGAGAAAGAAACUAUGCUUUGUGGGCAUAGUGAGAGAUUGGCAAUUGCUUUUGGCCUUUUAAAUACUUCUCAUGGAACUACUAUUAGAGUUGCUAAAAACCUUAGGGUUUGCAAUGACUGCCAUGUUGCUACUAAAUUCAUAUCAAAGAUUGUGGGAAGGGAAAUCAUUCUUAGAGAUGUUAGAAGGUUCCAUCAUUUCAGAAGUGGUACUUGCUCUUGUGGGGAUUAUUGGUAACAAUUGAAUUGUAAAAGAAGUUGAUUCAAAUUUGGACAACUAAGAUUUUGUUGUAUAUGCUGAAACCGUAUUAAGUUGUCAUUUCCCUUUGUUCUUUUUGACACAA